AUGCCUUCUGACCUCACAUGGCCUCCCCAAGGGGCACAAGGGCUGCCAGGCCCCACCUCUAAGGUCAAGCUGGACGCUCAGCUUGCUCCCACGCCCACGCUGUCUCUCGGGCCUUGCAGUUCAGCCUACGACGCGCAGCUGCGCCAGAAGGUGGCGGUGAAGAAGCUGUCGCGCCCUUUCCAGUCUCUGAUCCACGCGCGGAGGACAUACCGCGAGCUUCGGCUGCUCAAGCACCUGAAGCACGAGAACGUCAUCGGACUUCUGGACGUCUUCACGCCUGCCACGUGCAUAGAGGAUUUCGGCGAAGUGUACUUAGUGACCACCCUGAUGGGCGCCGACCUGAACAACAUCGUUAAGUGCCAGGCACUGAGCGAUGAACACGUCCAAUUCCUCGUGUACCAGCUGCUGCGCGGGCUGAAGUACAUCCAUUCUGCCGGGAUCAUCCAUCGGGACCUGAAGCCUAGCAACGUGGCUGUGAACGAGGACUGCGAGCUCAGGAUCCUGGACUUUGGGCUGGCGCGCCAGGCGGAUGAGGAGAUGACCGGAUAUGUGGCCACACGCUGGUACCGGGCACCUGAGAUCAUGCUGAACUGGAUGCACUACAACCAGACAGUGGACAUCUGGUCUGUGGGCUGUAUCAUGGCUGAGCUGCUCCAGGGAAAAGCUCUCUUCCCCGGAACUGACUACAUUGACCAGCUAAAGCGCAUCAUGGAGGUGGUAGGCACACCCAGCCCUGAGGUUCUGGCAAAGAUAUCCUCAGACCACGCCCGGACAUACAUCCAGUCCCUGCCCCCCAUACCCCAGAAGGAUCUCAGCAGCAUCUUCCAUGGAGCCAACCCCCUGGCUGUAGACCUGCUUGGGAGGAUGUUGGUGCUGGACAGUGACCAGAGGGUCAGUGCUGCCGAGGCACUGGCCCAUGCGUACUUCAGUCAGUACCAUGACCCGGAUGAUGAGCCAGAAGCUGAACCCUAUGAUGAAAGCGUUGAGGCCAAGGAUCGAACACUGGAAGAGUGGAAGGAGCUCACCUACCAGGAAGUUCUCAGCUUCAAGCCCCCGGAGCCUCUGCAGCUGCCCAGCAGCCUGGAGAUCGAGCAGUGAGACAGCGGGCAGGGCCACACAGCAGCCUGGGGGACCUGAGCUGCCCCCUUAGCCCUCAACCCUAGCCUGGGAGCUCCUGCCCUCAAGGGAGUCUACGGAUGUGUGAGUGCGCAAGUGUGUGCCCACCAUGUGUAAGAGUCGGAGCAGAACUCCCUGGGCCUCCUUGGUCCUCCCACCCUGUCCCAGCAACUAGGCUCUCCCUGAGACCUCACAGUGGGCGGACCUGGAUGCCCAAGAAAGAGGCCUCCCUGGAACUGUGUCUAUGUCCACAUCUCCUCCGCCUUAGAGGGUAUCUGGGGUGGGUGGAGGCCAAAUGGGCCAGAAUCCUGGAGACUGAAAGGGAAGGUGGUGGUUAGAGCUGCUCAGGUUGGAAGUGAGGGGCUGUCCUGGAAAGUACCAAGGUCUGCCACAAGUCGGAGAGCCACAGCAAGGCCAGUGCCCCAACAGGCUGGGCAAGAUCCCUUGAGGGUGGCAAGGCAGGAACCACCACCACAUGUCCAGUCAGAGCUCCCUGUAGCCCAUGUUUUUGGUGCAUGUUGGUACAUAUGUAUUCCUUGUGUUUGCUGUCAGGGCAGGUGCAGGACUGUGUGCAUGUGGGAGCCCCAGGGCCAGCGGCUGUGUAGCAGGAGGCCUGAUCUUGGUGGCCUCACUUCCCUCCCCUACCCCCAGCUCCUCAUGCCCAAAGGGUGCUGAGCCUGACCCUGUUAGGACCAGCCUAGAGCUCAGGGGCCCUGAGGCAUCUGCAUGAGCAAAGGCCUGGGCUUCCUCCUUGGGCACAGGAGCUAUGGCAGGCUCCAGAGGACACAGUGCCAGCUGGGGGAGCAAGGGGUGCAACCUUGAGGAUGCUAAGGCAGGCAGAGCACAUGGGUGUGGACCUGGACACUCCACUCCUGCACCUUGGCCAAGAGCGGACAAACCUCUGCCUUCUUGCUACCUCUGACUACUGUUGUGGUCCUACAGCCAGAGACCUGGGGUGCUCUGGUAUAUGGGCCAGCCCUUGUCUUCCCUUCUCCCAGAAUGGAGCCAACCAAGUAACCCCUGGGCCGGGACCCUGCUCGGAGACAUGUUGGGGGAAUGACUCAUCCCUGGAGAGGGGGUGACUUCUUGCCUCCAGGGACCCAGGGAGGUCCAGAUGUUAAGUGCCUGCACCAGGGAUGCUCAAUAAAGGGGGUACC